CCCAAAACGAGCUUGAAACCAUAGGGCCUCAUAUGAAACCCACCGUUAAACUUAGUUAAUCAAAUUAUUUAUCGGAAUCGCUCACUAGGGGUGAAGACAAGCCACAGUAGAGCGAUCCUACGCCACCCAACAUGGAGGUCGCGCAGGUUUUCAUUAAGCUGUUCAACGGCAAUACCGCUGUGAUUGAUUUAUUUGGCUCUGAAACUGUCGCCGAUAUUAAGCGCCAGGUUGCUGAACUUUAUGGUCUUGAGGGAUGCUCGCAAUCUUUGUGGGCUGGUCUUGUGGAGGCUGAUGACGAAUCUCUGAUUGAGGACUUCGCAUCUGAUGAUGAAAUCAUCGAAUUAGUUCAACACAUUGAUGUAUGUGGUGGUGGUAAGAAGCGUAAGAAGAAGCAGCACACCACUCCCAAGAAGAUCAAGCACAAGAAGAAGAAGGUUAAGCUAAAUGUGUUAAAGUACUACAAGGUAGAGGGUGACAAGGUCGUGAGACUGCUUAAGGAGUGUGAUUCCUCCACUUGUGGUCGUGGUGUCUUUAUGGCACAACACCACGACCGUGACUACUGUGGUAGGUGUGGCACUACCUACCUUCGCACGGCCGCUUAGACCUAAUGUAAUUUUGAG